AUGACGACCGCAGAUCGAGCCGAGGAGCUCAAGCUGCAGGGCAACAAGUACUUUAACAAGGGCAAAUUUUGCGCUGCCAUUGACAUGUACACAGAAGCCAUUGUUCUGGCUCCAAAACGCUCCACUUAUUACUCCAAUCGUGCCUUGUGCCACUGUAAGCUUGAGAAGUGGGGCGACUGCCGAGACGACUGCCACGCGGCGCUUCAGUUGGAUGCUAUGAAUGCCAAAGCGAGUUCCAUGCUAGGCACAAGUCACAUGCACCUGCUGGCCUUUGACAUGGCCGUGGAUGCGCUGCAAAAGGCACUCAGUAGUGCGAAAAAGGUUGAGAAAUAUGGCAAUUUUCAGGAUGAUAUUGCUGCAGAGUUAAAGCGAGUCAAGAAGCGCCAGUGGUAUCACGAGCAGGAGCAGCGGAUCGCCCGCCACGCCAAGAGCAUGAGCCAAUUGCGUCGACUUUUUCAGAACCAGUCGAUCGAACAUGUGCGAGAAGUAGAAACAAAGAUUGAUGGGGCAGACGCGUUGAUGGCUUACGUGGAGCACAUGGCAGAGACAUUCGAGAAAGACAUGCACCCGGGCGGCGUGCCCGACUAUUUCAUGUGUCCUAUCAGUAUGGAAGUCAUGUGCGAUCCUGUGACAACGCCUAAUGGCGUCUCAUACGAACGACGCUGUUUAGAAAAACAUUUGCGCUCGAAUGGAGCAGUCGAUCCGUUGACACGCGAGCAACUGACACUUGAUAUGAUUCGGCCGAACACGUCGUUACGUGGAGCAAUUCAAGAUUACCUUGACAAGAAUGCGUGGGCGUACGAGUUUUAG